AUGGAGAGCAUCGCAGCGUCUGCAGACGCAACAUGGCGGGCUGGCCUUGCCCUCGGUGUCCUCACAGCCAUCGUCUCUCUCUGCUGGUAUCUGGUGUGGCACUACUUUCUGGUCCGCUCUCCGUUUGUGCGUGAGCUGCUCGAGUACGACGAUCUGCCGCAGAGCCGCCAGACGCAAGCUGACACAGACAGCGGCAGCGGCACAGGCGCAGGCCCGGGCGAGACCGACAAGAUCAAGUCAUCGUAA